AUGCCAUCGCAAAACCUCCCACACAUGGAUUUCCGCGCCUAUGUCGAGACUCUUGAGGCAGACGAUGAUCUUGUCCAGAUUAACGACGAAUGUGAUCCUCAUCUCGAAGUCGGCGCCAUCAUCCGAAAGGUAGUGGAGAACGAUGCAAAGGCACCUCUAUUCAACAACGUCAAGGGACGGGACGUAAACGGUCUCUGGAGAAUUCUUGGCGCACCGAAUUCCCUCCGUUCCAAUCUCAAGCAGCGUUAUGGGAGGUUGGCUAGACAUCUUGGCCUUCCUCCAGACUCGUCUAUGAAGACCAUCCUGGAUAAGAUGGUCGCUGCAAAGACAACCACUCCUAUCCCACCCAAGGUUGUUGAGACAGGUCCUUGCAAGGAAUUCCGCUUGACACCAAAUCAAUUUGACCUUACCAAGCUACCAGCGCCCUUGUUGCACCAGUCAGAUGGUGGCAAGUACAUCCAGACUUACGGCAUGCACAUCGUCCAGUCACCGGAUGGCAAGUGGACGAACUGGUCCAUCGCUCGUGCAAUGGUACACGACCGCAACCACCUCGUCGGCCUUGUCAUGCCACCCCAGCACAUUGGACAGAUUCACGAGAUGUGGAAGAAGGAAGGUCACGAUAUGCCAUGGGCUCUGGCGUUUGGUGUUCCUCCGGCAGCCAUUAUGGCGUCUAGCAUGCCGCUCCCGGAUGGACUGUCAGAGGCCGAGUACAUUGGAUCGCUUGUCGGAACCCCUCUCGAGGUGGCCAAAUGCGAGACCAACGGGCUUUAUGUGCCCGCCAACUCCGAGAUCGUUUUCGAAGGGACUUGCUCUAUCGCGGAGACUGCUCCUGAAGGUCCUUUUGGGGAGAUGCAUGGGCGAGUCUGUCCAUUGAUGCCCAUGUUGAACUCUGGCAUGUUAGAUCAGUCGACUAAUCUGUCUCUAGCUAUGUGUUCCCCGGUGACACCCACUCCUUGCCCAAGUACACCCGCAGCACACUAUGAUCGGCCCUCUCGCGGCUGCAGAGAUUGGUUUCCUCCUCAAUCUCAAGUCACUUGGGUUGCCUUACAAGUCGACACUCAAAAACUACGAGAGCUAAAGACCAAUCCUGAAGAGCUUUGCCGCAAGGUUGGAGACCUAGUCUUCCGACACAAGGUUGGAUUAACUAUCCAUCGCUUGCUCCUUGUUGGCGACGACAUCGACGUGUACGACUUCAAGGACGUUAUCUGGGCCUUCUGCACUCGCUGCCGGCCUGGUAUGGAUGAGCAUCACUUUGAGGACGUUCUGGGAUUCCCCCUGAUUCCUUACAUGUCGCACGGGAACGGGGCGCCGAAUAAGGGUGGCAAAGUUGUUUCGGACUGUUUGUUACCUGUUGAGUAUACAACGGGCAAAAACUGGGAGGGCGCAGACUUCAAGAGUUCGUUUCCCGAAGAGGUCCAGGAGAGAGUAUGCGGUCGUUGGGAAGCCCUGGGCUUUUGUUCGUCGAAAUAG